GGAGCCUAUUUCGACCACCUCUCUCAUUUCGUGAGGUAAAGAAACAUACGUGGGGUGCCGUUAUUGCUAUUGCGGAAACAACUCUUCUGCUGAAGGUGGAGAAUUGAGGAAUCAAAAACCAUUGUUUCGAUACCCAGUAAAACAACAUUCACACAAUGCCAUACGCCGUACAAUACGUAUCCACAAGCGAUGCAACAGGUCUAGCAGAGGCGAUGAUGAGCGCCUGGUGGCAAGAUGAGCACUGGAAAGUUCUAUGGGCAAAAAGCAAUAUGCCACUCGAGCAAAUAAUUUCUGAUUGCGCUGAGCGCUUGCCAUGGAAUUUCAUCGGCGGCCGAAGCGUCAAACGGCACCUCAAAGUUGUUGAUACAGAUUCUGGGGAGAUAGUAGCAUAUUCGCGAUAUAUUUUACCCGAGACUCAUACCGAUAUAUGGCCCGAAGCGCAGAUUUCUGAGCCUAGUUCUGAGGAAUCGGCGGAAUACGAGAGAAAGUUUAAGAGUGUCACAGACAAUGGAAAGAUAAGAGGAAUGGAUUAUACUUUUGCUUCGAAGUUUGGAAAUCCUCUUGCAGAAGUAGAGGAGGAAAUCUUGAAGGAUAAUGGGCCUUGUUUUGCUGUGGAUUACAUGACGACCCACCCUGCUCACCAACAUCAUGGAGUAGCGUCGAUGAUGUUGAGCCAAGCACUUACAACAGUAGAUGAAGCGGGCUUGAAAUCAAUUGUAAUGGCAAGUCCUGCUGGACAAAGAUUGUAUGAAGGACAUGGCUUUCAAUUUGUUCGCAGUUAUGUUCAAGAUGAUUCCAAAUACGGGACUAGAUCACCUUACGUUCACUCCUGGCUUAUUAGACCAUCUGUCAAGUAGAUUACGGAAUAAUAACGAGGAAUUAUCACUCAUGCACCCCGGUGUUGCAAAGUGACACGGGAAUUCCCUUUGGACGGUAGCUACUGGUUCUUAUA